GAGGUCAGCCGGGGGCCACACAGGUAACAUUUGAGUAGAUACGGCGCGAAGCACUUAUCACAAUGAGUUAAUUUGAGCUCAGGUACUCUAAGGCUAGGUAACAUCACAGGUGAAAAACCGAAGCAAGAAAUACCCCUGCGCAGUCCUGCUAUAAGGCACAAGGGACGGUAGGCGUGCCCAGAGCGAAAGGGCAAGAGGCUAGGCCCGGCCUCCAGAUCCCGCCCAGGCCGCGCGAGGCCAGCUGGGAGUUGUAGUUUGUGCACCAUGCCACGUCACCGCCUACGCCGGUCCUUUCAUCCACCCCUCGCUCUAUUGGUAGGUUCCGUCGCGCCGCCCAUUAGCUUGUCUACUGCCUUCUGUUCCCCCCAGCAGAGAGGACUUGGUAUCGUCCCACCUACUCAAACUUUAUUGCAGUUUCUCCUUCUUGUGAUUUCCAACUCUUGUCAUUUCCAAGUCCGAAAUCCUCCCUCUGACCUUGGUAGGCUCCAGUCACACCCCCCUCACGGCUCCAGCUGUGUUUCUCAACGCACUUCUCCGUUCUGCGUUGGUUUGCGCCGACCUCCCCCCUCGCUCCGCGUUGGUCGGCUCCGGUCCCCCCCCUCGCUCCGCGUUGGUCGGCGCCGGGCUCCCCCGCUCGCUGCAGUGGUUCGGCCUCGGCGACCCCUCAGCGGCGCGUCCCCCGCCGCCGCGGUCCCGCUCCGCGUCUUCCUGAAGCCGCGCUCCCGCGCCUAUCGGUCGGCGGACCCGCAGCCCCCCGUGAGGCCCACGGCCUCCCGCUCGCCAUGGUCCGCCCGCGCCGUGCCCCGCACCGCUCCGGUGCCGGGGGCCCCCUCGGAGGUCGCGGCCGGCCACCGCGGCCCCUGGUCGUGCGCGCUGUGCGCUCGCGUUCCUGGCCCGCCGGUCCUCGAGGCCCGCAGCCCCCGCGGAUCCGGGCCCGCUCGGCCCCUCCCAUGGAAGGUGCUCGAGUCUUUGGGGCCCUCGGGCCUAUUGGGCCCUCUUCACCUGGGCUCUCUCUUGGGGGACUUGCAGUGAAUGAGCACCGGCUCAGCAACAAACUGCUGGCCUGGAGUGGCGUGCUGGAGUGGCAGGAGAAGCGUAGACCCUUCUCGGACUCCACAGCCAAGCUGAAGCGCACCCUGCCCUGCCAGGCCUACGUGAACCGGGGCGAGAACCUGGAGACGGACCAGUGGCCCCAGAAGCUGAUCAUGCAGCUCAUCCCACAGCAGCUGCUGACCACACUGGGCCCCCUCUUCCGAAACUCUCAGCUGGCCCAGUUCCACUUCACCAACAGAGACUGUGACUCGCUCAAGGGCCUCUGCCGCAUCAUGGGCAACGGCUUCGCGGGCUGCAUGCUCUUCCCCCACAUUUCCCCUUGCGAGGUGCGCGUGCUCAUGCUCCUGUACUCAUCCAAGAAGAAGAUCUUCAUGGGCCUCAUCCCCUACGACCAGAGUGGCUUUGUCAAUGCCAUACGGCAGGUCAUCACCACCCGCAAACAGGCCGUGGGCCCUGGAGGCGUGCACUCUGGACCUGUUCAGAUUGUCAACAACAAAUUCCUGGCAUGGAGUGGUGUCAUGGAGUGGCAGGAGCCCAGGCCUGAGCCCAAUAGCCGGUCCAAGAGGUGGCUGCCAUCCCACGUCUACGUCAACCAAGGGGAGAUCCUGAGGACGGACCAGUGGCCACGGAAGCUCUUCAUGCAGCUCAUCCCGCAGCAGCUGCUGACCACCCUGGUGCCGCUGUUCCGGAACUCGCGCCUGGUACAGUUUCACUUCACCAAGGACAUGGACACUCUGAAGAGUCUGUGCCGGGUCAUGGACAAUGGCUUCGCGGGCUGUGUGCACUUCUCCUAUAAGGCCUCCUGCGAGGUGCGCGUGCUCAUGCUCCUGUACUCCUCGGAGAAGAAGAUCUUCAUCGGCCUCAUCCCGCACGACCAGAGCAACUUUGUCAACGGCAUCCGGCGUGUCAUCGCCAACCAGCAGCAGGUCCUGCAGCGAAGCCUGGAGCAGGAGCAGCAGCAGCGAGGGAUGGGUGGCUAGUGGACUCCCAGGCUGGGUGGGCCACAGUCCCAGACGAGGCCCAGUGGAGAUUGGUGAGCAGCACUUGUUUUCCCAGGAAGCAGCAGGGUGGCCCUGGCUUUAGGGAAGCCACUGCAUGAGGCACUGCCUUCUGGGACGUGUGUCCCUGGCAAGGUAUGGGUGCCAGGGCCUAGGGGUGGGGUGCAGUCUCACGAGUAGAAGCCACCCCCUCCUACUGCCUCCCAGGUCAGAUGCUUCUGAGCAGGGGCUCCUGGGGACUGUACCUGCCCAGCAACCUGAAGGACAGCGUCCUGAGGUCUCCAAGGAUGGUCCUUGCCUCUGUAUGUUUCCCUAAUAAAGCCUUUUAACCCACA